CACUUGACGAUAAAUUUAGUCAUGAAAUUUAUUCCGUAUAUACUUGAUUUGGUCCAUAUGGUCACAUAAAAUCUCCAUAAAAAUAAACUCAAAUUAUGCCGAAUUUUGCAAUCUUUAUUUCAUCCAUUGCUAUUUUAUGCGGGUUGAGUGUGGUUGCCUAUAUUCCGGGUGAAGGGGACGUUUUCGUCUUGCAAAAUAUUGGAGAUGGGGGUGGGAUUAUUCGGCCCAGUGGGAACGGAAAGGUUUGUGAGCGACUAGCCGAUGUUCGGUCUACUUGGAGGUUGACCCCACCAUACGCCGAUCAGUACAAGUGGACCGCUACAAUCACUAAUUUCACCGGCGUCGAGUUCAUGACAAUCCACUCCUUCGUCCCGGAAGAGAGUCACCUCGUCAAUAAGAUCACGUACGACGACUACCCGCCCUUUUGUUUCUUGGUGGAGCGGGAACUCGUCAUUAUUCCGGACAGUGGAUAUUACAUUGUAAAACACGGGAGAAGCAAUAAAUGCUUGACCUCGUACGGGUCAGAGGUCGGGAUUUUAUUUUGGUUAGAUUGCGGCAACGUGGGACAGCAUUGGUCCUUCAUUCAAACAGAAUGAGUAGCUUUUUCACUCUAACAAAAAGCAUAGUAUUAAAAUAAAUAAUACUAACCGGUACUCCUAUUUUACUAUUAGAAUGGUCUAUUCAUAUAAUUUAUUGCAAAUAAAACAAUAGGGUUUACUUUUCAAAAGGGUAA